AUGGGACUCGCCGAAACCGACUCGGGCCCGAUCUGCGAAUCCAUCUGCUUAAAUCGCACGCCUCCCACUCGCGCGCCAUCCCCACACCCGCCUCUGCUCUCUCGUCUUCCUCCCCCUCUUCUUCUCGAUCGGAUCCAUCAACCCCCAGCUCAGCGCUCUCGCCUUCGUCCCGCCGCCUCCGCUUCUCCUCCUCCUCACCUCGAUCUGGUCCGCCCCGCCGCGCUUCUCCGACCCCACGGCGAUGCCGCCGCGCUCUUCCUCGGCGUCCGGCACGCGGAGCUCCAGCGCAGGAGGCCGAAGCCCUUGGCGCCCAGGAGCUCGGCUGCCAAGAGGCCAUCCGCGACGCCGCUGCCGCGUGAGGGUGAUCGCUACACGGGCCGCCCGGAGCCACGCCCUCGUCCGCCAAGCGAGGAGGGUCCGUCGCCCACCGCUUCAAGGUCCCCGCCAGGCUCCGCCGGCAGCCACGCGGCGCCGCGACCGCCGCGGCCAAGGCCUCACCCUUCGCCGCGCCCCGGUGCCACCUCUCCCUGCACGCCGCAGCCGUCCCGCUCCGCCCCAUCCUCGGUCGAUUCCGCGUGCCCGACCACCCUGAGCACCGACGAGAAUCUCAGGCCCGGGACGGCGGUUGUUGUCCGCACGAGGACCACGACGCUCAAGACCGGGGAGGUUCUGGUGUUCUGGCUCAGAGCGACAAUCGUGUCGCCCUCGCCCACCCGCGGAGGCUACGAGGUCGUCUACGGCUGCAACUGGCCGCCUGGUGACCCCUACGGCACCGUCCACGUCCCGCGCCGACAUGUCAGGAUGAUCAAGCUCUCGUCGUCGCCGACUACUCCGCCGCUGUCCAGGUCGUCCGCCUCCCUCACCACCGCCACCGCGGCCGCCGCGCGGAACAAGGAGACGCGGCCCUUGCCGAGGCCGACCACGGCGGGGAAGAGCCUGCGCCUCAUCCGCAGCCUCUUGCCGGAGAUGGAGCGCCAUGCCCGGGCUGCCUAGGUGCCUAGCCGGGAUACUAGCUGGCUGCUGCUCGGUUCCACUUGAUGCAUUAUUGCUUGUUCGAUCAUGAGUAGUCUCUGUUUUUGUUUGAUUAGCUCAUGGAUGUGUGCCUCAAGUCUGAAGCGACCAUGUGUUAUCUACGAAACAAAACUGCCAGCAUUGUUGGUGUAAAUCCUUUCAACUUCUGAUGAUCUAUUUCGACUUCUGAUGA